GGGCGGCGGCGGCGGCGGCGGCAGCGGCGGAGCAUGGCCGGCAGGGAGGCGGCGGCGGCCCCGCAGGGGGGGGCGGCCCCGCAGCGCGCCCCGCACCUGCACCUGGCCGAGCUGAGCGCGUCCCAGUUCCUCGACGUGUGGCGGCACUUCGACACCGACGGAAAUGGCUACAUCGAAGGCAAGGAGCUGGAAAACUUCUUCCAGGAGCUGGAAAGCGCUCGGAAGGGGGCCGGGGUGGACUGCCGGAAGGACAAGCUGGGCGACAAGAUGAAGGAGUUCAUGCACAAGUACGACAAAAACGCGGACGGCAAAAUCGAGAUGGCCGAGCUGGCCCAGAUCCUGCCCACGGAGGAGAAUUUCCUGCUGUGUUUCCGCCAGCACGUGGGCUCCAGCGCGGAGUUCAUGGAGGCGUGGAGACGGUACGACACCGACCGCAGCGGCUACAUCGAGGCCAACGAGCUCAAGGGCUUCUUGUCGGACCUGCUGAAGAAGGCAAACCGGCCGUACGACGAGCCCAAGCUGCAGGAGUACACGCAGACCAUCCUGCGGAUGUUCGACAUGAACGGGGACGGGAAGCUGGGGCUCUCCGAGAUGUCCCGACUUUUGCCAGUGCAAGAGAACUUCCUCCUUAAGUUUCAGGGGAUGAAGCUCUCCUCGGAGGAAUUCAACGCCAUCUUCGCGUUUUAUGACAAGGACGGGAGCGGCUUCAUCGACGAGCACGAGCUGGACGCGCUGCUGAAGGACCUCUACGAGAAGAACAAGAAGGAGAUGAGCAUCCAGCAGCUCACCAACUACCGCCGCAGCAUCAUGAACCUCUCCGACGGCGGCAGGCUGUACCGCAAGGAGCUGGAGAUCGUGCUCUGCAGCGAGCCCCCCGUCUAGGCUCCCCCCGUCCUCCCCGUGCCCCGGCUUCGUUUCCCCAUCCCAAUCCCUGCCUCGGGCGUAAAUAUGGGUUUAUUUUUUUUUAUUUUGGUUUGGUUUUAAUCCCACCCGCCCGGCUGCUUUUUGGUUGUUCCGUUCGUUUGUUUCUGGGGGGGGGGGGGGCUUUGGGGUUUCGGUCUCUUCUUGAGUUAAUUUUAUUUGUUUUAUUUCUCUGUUACCAAAGACGAGUUCGCAAGCAAAGCUGGGAGGGGGCCGCAGCACGGGGGGGCUCAGCAGGGGCAGCUUGGGCCGCCUCACCUGGGCAAAAACAAUAGGGUUAGAGCAAAAAAAAUAAAUUUAAAAAAAUGGGAA